ACCCAAAAUUAUUCAAUCUUCAUCCAUUAUUGCAAUUCAUAUUAAUCUUCUUUAAUUUCCAUUAUUGUAUUCGAGCUGAGGUAGCUAGCUAGGAAACAAUGACUUCGGUGCAACAAGUAGACCAGGGUUUAACCCAAUUAACCGUUAAGGAGAAAGCAACAAUUAGUGAGGCGAUAAAGGAGGCUCAAACCUUGUUGGAAAACAACAACAAUGAUGCAGACGAGAUUCAACUCGCUACAGUUGCAGGUGUUAUAAAAAAUUCCCAAAACAGGCCACUUGUGCUAAAUAAAACGCUUAAUGGGUUUGGAGUUUUCGUAGUGGCACCUCCUACAAAUGUUGGUAGUGGUGGGUUUAUUCAUAGGGCUCCUACUUUGCCUCAUAUUCCAGGUGGAGGCGGUCCAGGCCCCGUGAUCAUAGGCUGUAAGGCCGCGUUGAUAUAUGGUACCUUCGAUAGGGCUUUACCUCAACUCGGAUAUCUCUUGGCUUGGUUCAAAGCUCAGAGUUCUGAUGAACAUAAGGUGUAUGUGGAAUCUGGGAACCUAAGCAAGCUCAUGGAAAUGGAAUGGAGUGAUAUUGAGCAGAAAUUGGAUGCAUCUAGCAACGAAAGUCGGUUCGUGGAUAGCGAGACAGGAGCUAUAGCAGCUGCUGAAAUCAACCUUCUAGGCGACAACCUGGCUUUGCUUGGAGCAAGCUUUGAUCAAGUGUUCUUUGAUGAAAACACUUCCCAAUCUUAAUUCCAAGACCCAUCAUCGACAUAAUAUAAUAUUGUAUCUCUUUGUGCAAAAUAAAUAGUCACGUUAAUAUUGUAAUUUGAACGAAAAAGUAUAUCUUACUACCACAGAGGCACUAGGACUUUUUUAACUCGCAUUUUCCAUUAUGCAAGCUUUAUCAUGUUUGAAUAUUGUAUUUAAUAAGCUAAUCAAUAAAUUAUGCUCCUUGGUUUUGUAUAAUUGGAA